AUGGAAACCGAAAAAGAAUGGCACUUUGUUAAGAACUUAACCAAAAAGCGAAGAAAGACACGUUGGUUCAUUGGCUUGGAAAGAGUUGAUGGAUCUCAUACAUGGUACUGGUUGAGUGGAAGCAUCGCCUGCGUCAACGGGACAUCAGCUGGAACAUGGCGUUGGAAUAAAGGAGAACCAAACAAUUUUGAAAAAGAAAAAUGCGGAGAGAUGUGGAAAAACGGAAAGUAUGGCAACAUAAAGUGCCAAGGAACAUACUAUAAUGAUGAUCCAGGAUAUAUAUGUGAAAAGCAAGUCAGUAAGUUCAUGAUCAUGCCGAAGCUAUGUUAACCCAAUUAAAAAUCUCAGUAAGAAAAAAAAAAUGUUGUAAGCGAACUUUGAUUUUGAAGCGGGUAACUCGUGUUAAUAUUUUCUUCCUAGAUUGUUCCACCUUAUCCAACAAUUCAGAAAAUGACGAUACCUUCAUUGAGAGAACAACACGACCUCGAUCAACCUCCCAACCGCAGGCGACAAAGAAAACAUCCACCUCACUCAGAACUCAAUUGACGAAUACUCGCAAUAAGCUUUCAGAAGGU